AUGGUUCAGUCCUCGAAGCCUCCAGCCAACGCUUUUGUAGCACGAGCUCGAAAGAUCUACAACCCCAUCGGUUUCUCGAAAGGCUAUAAUUUUGUUCUCUGGUUUAUCUUUCUGGGGGCUUUUUUCGGCUUUACACUUGCUCGCUUGCAAUAUCUGAAUAUUUGGGGCGUUUUCUGCGGGAGUAAUGGAUCUGAUGGUGCUCUUCCCGGAGAGUGCUACUACUACACCAACUUUGACGCGGCGAAAAUCGGCAUCGUUCUUCAUCUGGGCUGCAUUCUGCCAGCGGCUCUUCUAGCUUGUCUUCAGUUCAUUCCUGUUGUGCGAUACAAGGCCAUGAUUGUUCACCGCGUCAAUGGCUGGAUCGUCCUCUUACUCAGCCUACUCGGGACGAUUGGUGCUCUUAUGAUUGCCCGACACGCUUUCGGUGGCGGUGUCGAUAUUCAGACUGCCAUGGGAUUACUGGGCAUAAUGUUCGUGGGAUCUUUGGUUCUAGCUGUCAUAAACAUCAAGCGUUUGCAAAUCGAACAGCAUCGAGCCUGGAUGCUGAGGGCAUGGUUUUAUCGAAACAUGUUGGCUGACAACUAUGGUAUCGCAAAGGCUGGAGCGAUUAUAACCAUGCGCAUCAUCAUGAUUAUCGCCGUUAUUAUUCUCUCCAAGAUUGGCGGCUAUUAUACUGCCCAACCUUGCGAAAAAAUCGAGUACAUUUUCAGAAGUGCGAAUACAACUAUGGCUCUAUUCCCACAAUGUGCCGAAUUCUUCUCUGGCGCGAACCCCAGUCAAAAUGUCCUUGUCAACGCCGAUUACAAUGGAAAUGUAGUCGAGAUCGCGUCUGCAUUCAACCUGACUUUUGGCCCUGCUGGGUGGUUGGCAGUCGCUCUCCAUGCUGUCGGCAUUGAAAUCUAUCUACACCUAACUCCCGCAGAGGCUGAGCGUCUGAGAAAGGUUUCUUACCAAAGACAGGCCGAAGCUGGCAUGCGGCAUCCUGGUCGGGGAGGUCUUACGGCUGAUCGUUUGGGUGAUGCUGACACCUGGCAGCCUCAGGAGACGAAGGGAAAGGAGGCCCCUGCCGCUGAAUCUGACUCACAGCUUCGUACAGCUUCUCUUUGA